AUGUUACUCAGAAACCGCCUCUUGGCCCUGCAUAUCACUUCCUUCUUAUCACCGACUCCCCUUCCACCUAUCAAAACCCGACCUUUCACUCUCUCCUUCCGAACCCUCCUCUCAAACCUUACCUGUCGGAACCAAAACCCAAACCCGAAACGCCAUGUCUCAGCUCCAAAAGCCACGGCUAACUCAAUCCUGGACAAGACCGUCCUGUUCAUGUCGCCCGGGGUCGACCCGGCCGAGGGGAAGAUUGAGAACAUGGUCCUACCCGGGUCGAACAUCGUGCUCGGACCCUACGCCGGCGACGCCAAGAUUAAGGAGGUGGAGUUCGUGAAGAGCAGUGCCAGAGCCAAGGAAUGUCCCAAACAUGACCGGCCUGAAUUCGCUAUUCUGGGUCGGUCCAAUGUGGGCAAGUCCUUGCUCAUUAAUUCCUUGGUUCGCAAGAAGGAUGUUGUUCUUGUUGGAGCUUAA